AUGCCUCCUCCACCGCACACGCGCCCUGAGAAUGUUCUCAAGCGCGCGCAGGAACUCAUCGGCGUGGGCCAGCAGCAGGCGGCCUUGUCCAUUCUCCACGAACAUGUCACCUCCAAGAGGACGCGGAACAGCACCAUCGCGGCCCUGGAGCCGGUGAUGCUGCUGUUCGUCGAACUAUGUGUAGAUCUGCGGAAAGGCAAGUCUGCCAAGGACGGCCUCUACAACUACAAGAACACCAGCCAGAACACCAAUGUCGCCACCAUCGAGCUGGUCUUCCGCCGCUUCAUCGAGCUCGCUGAGCAAAAGGUCACCGAGGCCCAGACAAAAGCAGACGAGAUCUCAGCGCAGGGCGCCACCACCGAGACUACCGAUGCCUCCCUGGCGAACGUCACCGAUCUGGAGGCCAUGGAGACACCGGAGUCUAUCCUCCUCUCUACAGUCUCCGGCGAACAGUCAAAAGACAGAACAGAUCGGGCAAUCGUCACCCCGUGGCUAAAGUUCUUGUGGGAAACAUACCGCACAGUCUUGGAUAUCUUCAAGAACAAUGCACGACUCGAGGUCAUGUACCAGACCACCGCCCAUCAGGCUUUCCAGUUCUGUCAGAAGUACACCCGCAAGACCGAGUUCCGCCGUCUUUGCGAGCUGCUUCGCAACCACUUGCAGAACGCUGCCAAGUACUCUCAGCAGGUCCAUGCCAUUAACCUCAGCGAUCCUGAUACACUUCAGCGCCACCUUGACACCAGAUUUCUACAGCUGAACGUCGCCGUUGAGCUCGAGCUGUGGCAGGAAGCUUUCAAGAGUGUCGAGGACAUCCACACUCUACUGAGCCUGUCAAAGAGAGCACCAAAGAACUCCAUGAUGGCCAACUACUACGAGAAGUUGACUCGCAUCUUUCUGGUGAGCGAGAACUACCUCUUCCAUGCUGCUGCAUGGAGCCGGUACUACAAUCUCCUCAACCUCUCAGCCCGUCAGGUUGGUGCCGGUGCAUCCAAGAAGGACAACCCUAGCAACAUUGGCGACACCGACCUCUCCAAGGCAGCGUCAUAUGUUCUGCUCUCGGCUCUAUCCAUCCCAGUCAUCAGCACAUCCCGGUCACGAGGUGCUCUUAUCGACGUUGAUGCUGCUCGGAGCAACAAGAACGCUCGUUUGACCAAUCUUCUUGGCAUGGCAACUGCCCCAUCUCGUGCCAUUCUCUUCAAGGAUCUCCUCAACAAGGACAUUCUCCGCCGUGCCAAGCCAGAGAUUCGCGAACUUUACAACAUCCUCGAGACGGAUUUCCACCCUAAGUCCAUCUGCGAGAAGGUGUCACCAAUCCUCUCACAGAUUGGCGCCGAUGAGGAGAUGCAGAAGUACGUCUUGCCACUGCAGCAAGUCAUCCUCACUCGCUUGUUCCAGCAGCUGUCACAAGUGUACACCGAUGUCAAGCUGGAAGAUGUGCUGGCUCUGGCACAAUUCCCAGACCCAUUCCAAGUCACCACAGCUACCAUCGAGAAGUUCAUCAUGAAUGGUUGCAAGAAGGGUGACUUGUCCAUUCGCAUCGACCAUUCCACCGGGAUCCUGACCUUUGAUUCGGAUGUCUUCUCAUCAGCAAAGGCAAUGCACCCAGGGUCUGGAGCUGGCUCUGCUGAAGCUGAUGCUUCCUCGGUCCAGCGUCUGCAGAGCACACCUGCUGAGAUCGUCCGCUCCCAACUUUCGAGACUUUCAAAGGCUUUGUACAUUGCUGCGCAGUACGUCGACCCUAGCUUCAACAAGGACCGACAGAACGCACGCACUGCCGCGCUCAAGCGCGCCGAGGCAGGCUUCGAACAGGAACAUGCCGAACUUGUCGCUCGCCGUGAAACCAUUCAGAAGAAGAAGGAGACCGCUGCGAGUGCACAGCUCGCACGUCAACGUGAGGAGGAACAGAGGCGCAAGGCACGACAACAAGAGCUUCAAGCCGCCGAGUCUGAGCGACUGGCCCAGGAGACAAAGGACAGAGAGGAACGUCGUCUGGCGGCCGAGCGCAAGAAGGUCCAACGUGAGGAGGCGGAGAAGCAGCUCAACGAGCUAAAGAAGGGCGUGAAGGGCGUCGACAUCUCGGGCAUCGACAUUGACGAUCUUGAUUCUGGUCGAAUUCGCAUGCUAAAACUCCAAGCUUUGGAACGCGAGAAGAAUGAAAUCGGUGAGAAGCUUCGCAUUGCAGGCAAGCGCAUCGACCAUCUGGAACGUGCCUACCGCAAGGAAGAAAUCAAGCACCUUGGCGAAGAUUACGACGCUCAACGCGAACGUGACCUGAAGGCCUACGAAGAGUCUAAGGCAGAGACAUUGACCACCGCCGAACAGAAGCACAAGGAGGAAGUCGCCCUCAAGCACCGACUCAGCCGUCUGGUGGGACAAUAUGAGACUUUCAAGCGCGACAUAACCCAGCAACGUCAUGCCGACUUCGAGAAGCGUCGCAAGACUGCGGAACGUGAGCUCAAUGCUAAGAUGGAGCAACGACGUCGUGAGGUACGGGAGAAGAGGGCUGCGGAGAAGCGUCGCGCUGCGGAGGAAGAGCGUGCGCGAAUUGAGGAAGAGGAGCGCGCACGAGCGGAGGAAGAAGAAGCUGCCCGUGCGGCUGAGGAGAAGAGAAUCAAGGAUGCUGAAGCCAAGGCAGAGGCAGAGAAGCGCAGACAGGAGCGUGCGGAGACUGCCCGAAAGCAAAUGGAGCGUGAGGAAGAAGCUGAGCGUCGUCGUCUCGAGCGCAAGCAAGGAGGCACUGCAGCGCCACCAUCUCGAUCCUUCGAGCGAGCACCCGAGCGAGCGCCAGAGCGUGCAACAGAACAACCAUCAGCCGGCGGGCCACCGCGCCUUGCCCUGGCUGGCAGCAAGCCAACGUGGCGCGAACGUGAGGCUGCGAAGGCUGCCCAGCAAGCAGCUGGCGGUAGCGAUGAUGUAUCUCCUGCCCCUGCUGCCGACCCUGCUGCCGCCCCAGUCGCCGAGCCAGCCGCUCCACAAGAGGAUCAGCCAAAGCGAUCUGGCUAUCUGCCACCCGCGCUCCGAGGCAAGCAGCCCGGCGCAGACUCCGCGCCACCUCCACCAGCAGAGAGAGGUGAGCGAACUGAGAGAUGGGCACCGCGUCCACGUCAAGGUGAGGGUGAGCGACCUCCUCCAGAAGGCGACAGGGGUGAUCGAUGGGGAUCUCGUCGACCGCAGGCUGAUGGGGACCGACCUUCGGGAGAUACACCUCCACCUCGUACUGGUGGCGGGUACAAGCCUCCUGCUGCUCGCACAGGCGGUGCCGGCGGCGGAGCGUACAGGCCACCGGGCGCACGCUAA